UAUGAAUGGUGUGACUGUGGGCAGGAAACACUCAGCAGUAGAGGCUGCUCUGCUGAUCUGCUCACAGCAGAUCGUAGUCUGUGGGCAGGAGGGCAGCAGGCCAUGCACGAGCACACAGACCGACAAAGGGAGAUGAAGAUGCCCAGCUUCUCUUAGGAACUCAAGAGCUCUACUGUCCAUGUUCUCUCUUCCAGACAGUCUUUAUCUUUACUGACAGAAAGCAGUGGGGCCUCUGUUUCUUCUUCUUCUUCUUCUUAAUUGGUUGCAAGUUUUUCAUUCAUCUCAGAUCUUUUUGUUUUUCUUCUAAACAUGGGGUGCUCCUCAUCCAGCGCACAGACUGUAGAUCAGGAGAAAAGACCAGGGACAAAGCCAGAGGAGGCCAAUGGAGACACAGUGGUCAGGAAUGGCAUCAUCGCAGAAGAUGCAGAAACCAUCGAGGACCAGAUGCAGCUGCCUGUGCAGACUGCCUUACCUGAUGAUCUCCAACGAGGACCUGAUGAAGAGACGGAGCCCGUGGUGAUGGCCCUGGAGGCCCAGGAGGACCUCGGGUCUGGGGUGGACCUCCUCGCUGCUCCUGAACCUCAGCCAGAGCCCGUUGUCUCUGAGGAACCAGCUCCAGAGACUGUGAGUGCUGCACCUGUGGAGGCGUCUCCUGAACCGGAGGCUGCUGUGGCAGUGGUGGAGGCAGCGGAGGAAGCUGCUCCUGUAGAAACUGUAGUGGCUGAAGCCCCCGCUGUGGUCGAGACCCCGGUGGAGGCUAAGGAGGAGGCCCCCGCUGUUGAAGCCGCUGUGCCGGUGCAGACAGAGGCCCCUGUUGAAGAGGCCCCGGUGACAGCUGAAGCCUCCACUCCUGCUGCUGAACCUGCUGUUUCAGAGCCAGUGGAGACCCCAGUGGGCGCCGAGACCCCCGCUGAGGAGGCAGCCCCUGUUGAGGCUGAGGCUUCAGCUGAGAGUGCAGCACAGGUUACUGCACCAGCUGAAGCAGCUGAAGCACCAGCUGUAGCUCCAGUUGAAGCUGCAGCAUCAAGUGAAGUUUCAGCUGAAGCUGAAGCUGUUGCACCAACUGAAGCCUCUCCUCCUGUUGAAGCUGCACCACCAACUGAAGCUUCACCUCCAGUUGAAGCUGCAGAACCAAUUGUAGCAGAAGCAGCAGGUGAAGCUCCUGCACCCACUCCAAGUGAAAAUGUAGCAUCAGGUGACACUUCAGCACCAGAAGAGGUUUCGGUACCAGCUGAAGUUUCUCCACCUGUUGAAACCUCAGUACCUGCUGAAGCUGCACAGCUUGUAAUAGAUAUAGAAAUUGCUGCUGCGACUAUUCCAGAAAUGCCUAUAUUAUCUUCUGCUCCUGUUGAAGAUGGAGCCACACCUCAACCUGCUGCCGAACCGGCUCCAGAACCCCAACCCGCUGCUCCACCAGUAGAAGAACCGUCUGCUGCUCCUGACUCGGUCCAGGAGGCCCAGGCUCCAGCUGCAGAACCAGCAGCUUCAGAAACCUCAGCAGAAGCAGCAGCCCCCGCCUCAGAGGAAACAAACACUGCAGGUCCAGCUGAUCCGGACCCUGAACCCUCACCUGCAGUGGCGUCUUCAACAGAAGCCGCUCAGGAGACGGAGUGUGAAAAAGCCAAAAAGGAGGACUGAGCUGGCAACGGAGAUUCGCCAAAUCGAUGACAUUUCCGAAGCUACAAACAAAAAAAAACCUAUCGGAAGGAAAACACUAUUUUCCUCAGAAUUGCCUUAUCAAAUCUCACAAACCACACAACAGCAGAUAACAUUAUGAGGAAACAUUCAGAAAGUUUUUCCAAGUAAGACCUAAAGUGCCUGUAGAGCCACGUUCUGCUCAUGUUCUGGAAGUGCUAUGAAAACCCUUAGGACUGUUCUAGCGGAGGAUGCAGUAUUCCUUGAAAUCUGUGAACUUCUUCUUUUUAGAGGUUGUUUAUUCGUCAGUGUCUGGGGUGAAGUGUAUGAAAGGAUGCUUACAGUAAAUCUUUAAUUAUUUAAAUUAGCUGCUUCUAUGAGGAAUAAAAGCCAAACACAACUGUGAAUGAAAUGAUGCAAAGAACCUGCAACGGAGACACAAACUGGAGAUGUGACCAAAAACGGUGGGUUCACUCCCACCAAAAACUUCAUGAAACACUUUUAUUUACUUUUUAAUGCAGUUUUCAGUGUUCGAAGAGACACGGAUGGAAAUGUUCAUGUUUUUGUCUGAUAUUUACGAUUUUAAUUUCAUCUUUCUAAUAGGAAUUACAGUACUAAGUGUUGAAUAACAGAGUGUACAGUUUACAACUGAUGAACACUACUGUUAAAACGUCAAACCCACUUUUUUUUUGUUUUUGAAAAUCAUAAACUUUUUGUUUUUGUGUGUUUAAAAAAAAAAAAGUAAACUAUCAGAUAAAUGGAUGCAUAAGGUUACAGAUCGCCCAGUUGACAGGAUAUUUAACUUAUCAUUAGUUUUAGGUUUUAUGGAAUGAAAAGAGUGUAAAGGUUGUAGAACAUGUUUGAUGGACGUGGUGGGAACAAAUGCUUGUUUUAUGUCUGAUAUCUUUGUUUCAUCUGAUGAUUUUUUUUUUUUUUCUCUGUAAUAUAUUCACUCUAUGUCUGUCUUUGUCUAUGAUUGGCUAACCUAGUUUAGAAUAAAGUUUCUCACUCAUA